AUGAGGAUUCUGGUUGUAGGAUCGGCCAAUUCGGGCCAAAAAGAGGCAGUAGAAACGCUACUUGGCAAGAAGACUCAUGUGGAUGACUGGGAGGGCGCGAUGUUUGAGCACACGUUUGACGCGAAGUACUUCAAGGCGCAGGCGGGGAUCUGGGUGGAUCAGUUCCCCCCAGAAGGCGCCAAAGAGUGGGCCAAGCAGUUUGCCAGCGACGACGCAAAGGAAGUCAGAGACGUCUUAGUGAUGGUUAUUUAUACGUUCGACCGAGCUGAUCGUGGUAUCGAGCAAUUCGUGGAUAAACUACAGGAAGAGGCCUGGAGAGGCACGUUUGUGGCCCUCCCGUCUGUCGAACUGGACCCCCACAGUGAAGCUAUAAUGGACAAGCUGGAGAUGACGGUUGUCAAUUCAGACGAGCUACUGGAUACAGUGCACACGGCACUCUUUGAUUGGAUCGACGAAGACGACGAGGAGAAAGAAGACGAGGGACCUCACGAUGAGGAUCUGGAGGAAAUCAAGCAGUCACUAACCGAACCACUGCUUCCAAUCGACGAAUUAGACACAAUUAUUACGAAACUACGGAUUGCUAGGGACGAUCAGCAAAUGAGCAAACAGGAAAAGAUGAAACUCGCCGAGGAGCUCGCCGAAAAACUCGUGCCUUAA